ACCCGGUCGAGGUCUGUUCGUUACGCUCGCCGCCAGUAGCCCCGCGGAGACAAGGACGCGACAGGACCGAGACCAUGGUGACCGAGAUGACCCUCAGCGACUUGAUGGCCCGCGAGGGCCAGUACUGCUCCGACAGCAGCAGUCUGAGCAGCGGCAGUCCCAGCAGUAGCAGCUCGAGCUCCGGCGACUCAUCGUCGGACGAUGACAGCUCCGAUAGUGCAGCACCGCCUCCACAGCCUCUCGAGAAGAUCCGAUUUCGCGUGUCGCCCAACACGGCCAAGGAAAUACAAGCCGCGGCAGCGAAAGCCGGCAAGCCAAAGCCCGAGCCAAAGCCUCGGGCCAAACCGAAACCGAAGGCGGCUCCGAAGCCAAAGCCACCCCCGCCGCCUCCAGGUACAAAGGCUGCGAAAGGGAAGGCCGUCAAGAAGGCCAUCGCAACGCCGCCGCCGCCGCCACCGCCAAUGAUGCACUUGCUACCCACGCCCCAGCGUAAACCUCCCGUCGUAAAACAGGCCUCGGCGACUGUGAUCCAGCUUGUCAAAGGCGAUCCCGGCGACGUCUGCACGCCGAGCGCCGUCGAGCUGCGUGGGCGUCGUGAACUGGAGCUCGUGGCGCCCGACUUGGCGACGAACGCCCCCGUCGAAGUCGAUGAAAGCGCGAUCGAUGGUCGCAUCUACAACUUCCACCCGAACGACGCGGGUGGCGACGUGCUUCGCAACCUCGACCAGUUUUACUUUUGCGAUCAGUCGGGACAACCCAUUAGCCUCGACGUGUUUGAGCUUCCGCGCGACCAGCGACCGCUCAUCAUGGCCUUUGGCACUGUCGUCCAGCCGCUUUCGUUCGAGGAGCUGCCGCCACCAGUGCGAUACUACAUGCCGGACAUUGCCCCGCCGUCCGCGACGGCCGCCCGGAAGCGCAAGCCAACGAAAUCGGGCAAGAACCCGGCCGCCCGGAAGCUCGCCUCCGACGAAGAGGACGACGAUGACCACAACACAGAGAGCGACGUCAACACGGAGAGUGAUGCGACAACCGAGUCCCACGUGAAGCGCAAGCGACCACUCGAAGCCGAGUUUGCCGCCGAGGCCAAGAAGCCCAAGCUCGACCAACUCGACGGGGCCUGUCACGACGUUGCUGACGACGACGACGACGCGAUGGAGGGCCUGCCUCUCUUCCCGGCGGUCUUUCGGCAUCCGUACCCUCGGUACCAAUCGGCUGCGCGCGUCCGUCGGCAGUACGACGGCGCCGACGACUCGGGCAACGAAAGCAGCAGCUCGGACAGCAGCUCGUCGUCGUCGUCGUCGUCGUCUUCGUCGUCGUCGGCGAGUAGCAGCGUGCUACGCACGCCGCCGCCGCCGCCCGCGCCUGUGAGUGCAGAGCCGGAUCCGUACGAGAGCAGUCCGUCCGAGAGCGACACGCGACCGAUCGGAAAGAAGAAGACGCCGGCCACGUCGUACGUCAAGGUGCACAACCGGACACCCACGGUCGUGGGCGCCGACCUCGACGACCUCAUGCGCGCCGACGGCGUCCGAAGCGUCCGCAUCGACGGCGUCUCGGAAGCCUCUUUGGAGCUGCUCGAGUGCGGGUUCCGGCACCCGCCCAAGUGCGCGACGCAGCGCGUGUGGUUGCCCGAGAUCUCGGACUGGUGCCUCGACUACACGGACGGCGACCCGACGCUGUGGGUCAUCACGGCGCACGCGUGGUACAAGAUUGCGGGGCCGAUAUCGGGCAUGCUCCCGCACUGGAGCUACCGCCGCCACUUUACCAAGCCGCGACUUAUGUUUGAGGCGUGCUUCCACAUCGCCUCGGUGCUGCGCGAGUGGCUGCCGAAGCACCCGGGCCUGAGCUACCGCGCGACGCUCCAGCAAGUGAUCGAGCAGAGCAUCCUCGGCCGGUAUCCGCUCACGAUCAAGUUUCUCAUCGAGCACUGCAAGUUUAUCGCCAACCAAGUCGGGAAUCUCGGGGCGCCGUUCGAGGGCUGGCUCCAGUGCGCCUUCUUCAAGCAGCUCUACCGCAUGCACGAAAGCCUCGAAGUGCGCGUCGCAAAGCACGAGAAGCAAAAGGCGGAUGUUGAAGCGCGCCGCCUCCAGCGCGAGCGCGAAGUCCUCGAGCGGCGACAAAAGGCCGACGACGAGCGCCGCCAGCGCGAAGAGAUCCGCAAGCAGAUGGAGAAGGACCGGCUCGAGAAGAAAAAAUACCCCAUGGAAGACCUCGACGUGCUUCUCGAGCUGCCCGAAGACGACCAGAUGCGCGUGCCACAGUGGCCGGUCGACACGACGUUUCCGCUCACGCCGACGCUGUCGGGACAGCUCCUCGGCGACCUCGCGAUGCUGUACCAGCUUCUCGGCGCGUACCGCGACGUCCUGAGCGCCCUGCCGCCGACCUUGACGUUUACGAGCUUCGUGCUCUGCAUGGUGCAUGGCGGCGCGUCGCUCGUGCGCAGCGAAAUCUUUGUCGCCGUCCUCGAGACGCUCGUGCGCGAAGUGCCGACGUACACGCAGUUUCGGUCGCCGCUGCCAAAAACCGCGGGUACGGUCUACGGCCUCCGCGACCAGACGUUUGCUCUCACGGUCUUCAACUGGCCCGAGGCGCUGCGGCAACUGCUGCAUCUCUCGGCGUCGCGACCACUCGACGCGUAUCUCGUCGGCGCGUGGGACGGCUGGUACGGGCGCGAGCUCGUGCUGCAGUCGCUCAUGCAGCACGCCCACGCGGGUCCGUUCUUGCGACCCGUCGACUUUGAAGCAAUGAACUUGGCCGACUACCCGAGCAUUGUCACGCGGCCCAUGGAUCUGCACACGCUCCUGACGCAGCUGCACGCGCGCAUGUACGAAGCGAACCCGGACGCCUUCCUCGACGACCUCGACCUCAUUUGGUCGAACGCGAUCUUGUACAACGGCGCCGAGUCGGAGAUUGGCCGCGCGGCGGCGACGCUGCGAGAGGCCUGCGCGGCCGACGUGGCCCUCUACCUGCACGCGACGUCCAGACCGCCAUCGACGGACGCGCUUGCUGAUGCGCUCGAUGCGACCGAGUUUAGCGAGUUGCCGCUCGAAUUGCGCGUGCAGGCGCUGUCGUGGGCCUGCCACGAAUUGCUGCAGCUCGAACGUGUCCGGAAUGACAUGCACCACAACGUCGAGAAGGAGUUUGAAAUUUGGCGCGAGUUCCGCAAGGACGAGCGAGACCGCGACCAGGUGCGACGCAACGCCGAGAAGGGCCGGCGCGAACGCGAAGAGGCGUUUCGCCAACUGUGCAUCAACGAAGGGAUUCCGACCAACUACAACAAUGUGUUUUCGGACGCGACGAAGAAGAAGCACGCGUUCAUUGCCGAGUUUUACGCCAACAUUACGGCCGAGCGGUCGGCCGAAGAGGCCGCGUACAGCCGCGAGUCGAGCGCCAAGGAAGCGAUGCUGCGUCAACAGCUCAGCGGUCUCCGCAUCCGCUGCGCGCCUUUGGGCAAAGACCGGUUCCAUCACCGCUAUUACGUCAUGGACGGUCCCCUCUUGGUCUGGGAGCACAACGACACGGGUGCGUUCCACACGUACACGAAGGAAGACGAGAUCGACUCGCUCCUCCAGUGGCUUAACCCCAAGGGCAUCCGCGAGGUCGAGCUCAAAGAAAAACUCGAGCUCAUUGCAGACGACAUCAUCGCGCACCUCAAGGUCCCGUACGUGGCGCCACCGGACCUCGCGCCCGAGUCGACCUACUGCCUCGGGGCGUGUCUCCCGCUGCCCGUGUUUGCCCUCCCGACAACGGCACCCGCCCUGCAAGCCGUGAGCACGGCCCUCGCCGGACUCGCGUCGCUACUCGGCGACAAGACGCCGGCGCCGUCGGUGCAGUCACUGGCCGACGCCAUCGAGAGCACGCUAACCACCGAAGCGCGCAUGCUGGACGCGUUACCGGCCGAGUGUCUUCAGUCGCACUGGCGCGCCCAGCGACUCGGGUGGCGACCGAUGGUCGCGGGCAGCAAGACGGUGCCGCAGCUGCUCGUACUUCUCGCGGCGUGGCUCCGGCAAGGCGUGGUCAUGGACCUCUGGAUGGACAUGGUCGUCGAGCUCACGCGGAAAGACUGGCUGCAGCUGCGUCCCAAGGCCGCGCGUAACUUUUGCCCCGACGUCGGCCACAACGUCGUGUACUUUGGCAACGGCCACGCGCAGGCGCUCGCCGACGACGCGAAAGUCAAGCAUGCGACGCCGCUCGCGCGGCCCGUGGACACGGUCGUGCACGAGCAAACCGUCGCGUGCACUGUCUCCAAGGUCGGGUACCACCACGGGAACGGUGACCCGUACGCGGUCUUGGUGCUCACGCCGUCCGAGUCGCUCGUGACGCGCCUCGAGCCCAAGAGCCACCUCUGCACGCUCCCGUCUGCGACGCAAAAGGUCGGCCGCGUCCUCCUCCGCAUCCUCAACAAACUCAAGCACGACGUGAACGCGGGUCCGUUCCUCGAACCUGUCUCGAUGACGGACUUUCCGACGUACAAGGACAUUGUGCUCAAGCCCAUGGACCUCUCGACGAUGGCGGCGCGCAUCAAGCAGGACAAGUACCCCAAUAGCGCGGCCUUUAUCGCAGACGUCAAGCUCAUCGCGAAGAACUGCAAGCUCUUUUGCGACGGCCGGUUCCCGACGCUGCCGCCGAUGGCCACGGCACUCGUGGCCGUCGCCGAAUCGCUCGUCAAGAAGCACGCGGCGGAGCUCAAGGGCGACGAUGCUGUCGCACCUCGGGGCCGCGGUCGCGCCAAGCUCGAAGACAAGUUGCCGGCCGACGUGGUGCCGUCACGCAUCACGGUGAGUCUGCGCCUCGAGAACCGCCUGCCCGAGUUCCUCGUCGACGCCAAGCGCUACGAGACGGCGGUCAACCGGUCGUGGAAGGCGGGCGAGAAGGUUCGCGUCUUGUUCCGGGACCCGAAGGGCAUGCCGACCGAGUACUUUAACGCGUCGACGGCGGGGUCACUGCCAGUGUUGGCCAACGGCCUCCUACCGUGGGAAGCGCUACGCGUCGUGUGGGACGAAGACGACGGGUCGGACGACAGCCGCGUCAACCCUUGGGAGGCGGAAAUUGUCAAGCAGAAGUAGGCAACACAGUAGAUCAUCAUCCAUUCGAACGAAGAAGGCUCUUCGUCCGCACACUCUCUUUUCUCGGUGGC